CCCUCACCUACACAAACAAACACUUGCAUAAUAGGGCCAAGAGUUCCUUGCAAUAACGUCGGUGGGGAUUGUAUUGGCGACUGUUCUAAAGCUCUAAUCUUUCGUUCUCUGCCUUCUCGGGACUUACCAGUUGACCUACCUCAAGUCGAGAAGCAACAUCCUCCAUCAAUCCCUACGACCAGAGAAGGGAGAAGAAACACUCCCCUAACUUCUUUUUUUCAAGGAGAACAAACUGCCAAAGUUCCGCUGAGAGGCCUCUCCGAGGCCCCCAACCGCCAUCAUGAAGCUCAUCCUUUCCACCUCCAAUAUCAUGACCAACACGACCGUAAUCCGACGCCCCACCUUUGAGAAAUCCAACACGGAGCUCGUCGCCUCCCUCCGCGCCAACUUCGCCGCCCACCAAUCCUCCGCCUCGCGCUCCCAAUCCCCCUCCCCCCGAACCUCCUCCCCGUCCCCCAUCUCCACCAUCCCGUCCUUCCGCACAUGGACAACGCAGCAAGACCAGACGCUCUACAUCCCCACGCAUAACCCCUCGCCCCUAUCCGAACCCAGAGACGCAUAUGACAUCACCGUCAAACUCUUCUACCUCCCCAACAUCCCGGCUUAUAAACGCUGUCUCCAGACACGCGAAGCCAUCGACCUCGUCCUCCGCGAACUCGGCACCACAUCCAUAGACCUCCUCAUCGUCUCCUUCCCGGGCAUCUCUUUCGACGCCGACGACGAGGACUCCUCCGACUCGGACCUCGAAGCAGACAUCGAUGUUGUUUCCCCGAAAGAACCCACGCCCGACAGCACGACUAUCACUACCUCCUCCUCCUCCUCCUCCUCUUCUACGCCAGCAACCGGAUCCGACGACCAGGAAUCACCCCCAGAAGACAUCCCCACCAUGCUGCAAACCUGGCACACCCUCGAAACCCUGCACGCCUCGGGCCUCGUAUCCAAACUCGGCAUCGCCGAAUUCGGAUGCCAGCGACUCGCAAAGUUCCUCCCGCAUACCCGCGUCCGGCCCAGCGUCAAUCAGAUCAACGUCCGAGACUGCUGCGUCGUUCCGAAGCCGCUGAUCCUGUUCGCCAAGAAGGAGGGCAUCGAGUUGUUGACGCAUAAUGACUGUACGAAUGUCCUGCCUAGGGGAACGCUGAGGGAGUUGUUGGGCCCCGGGGGUGAGGGGAGGGAGAAGGGUGCCGGGGUGUUGGCGGGACACGGGUUCGAGGGUGGGUUGAAGGGGGAUGUGGAGCCCCAGUUUGUGGUCAAGUAUACGGCUGUGGUCAAGGAUAGGGGCGUCGUGGAGAGUAAGGGGUAUUUUGCGGUAGCGGAGUUGAGGGAGGAGGUUUGAAUGGUUGGAUAUUGUGGAUGAAGCGGGAUUUACUUUCUUGUUGAUAGGAUUCGUGUCGUGAGCAUUUUGGUCAUUUUGGUCAUUUUGGUCAUGUUAAUAUGAUGUUAUGCAUUUCCGUGGGGGGUUCUUGAAAGCAGCAGAGCGAGCCUCGCAUUUGAAGACGUCAUAUACACCACGGGUGGCUGAUGAAUCUAUAAAAACCCUCCGUAACGAGCGUCUGGACAUCAGCGAUAUUGCCUCUAGCUCAACACCAUUACAAACGGUCUGAUUUCAAAAUGCCCCAAGACUGCUUGUAAAAAUGCUAGAUUAUUUAAGAAUUAAAAUUGACCACCUCCCCACUCGCAAAAUGACCGUCAAGUGGACAAGUCCACUAUGUAUCCCAUGCCAUACUAUACCAUUACAUC